GGAUCGACCAAGAGGGUGAACGUCAAUUUCCAAGACACCGAUGGGUUCUCUGCCCUGCACCAUGCCGCCCUCAACGGCAACACGGAACUCAUCUCGCUGCUGCUGGAGGCCCAGGCGGCCGUGGACAUCAAGGACAACAAAGGGAUGCGCCCGUUGCACUACGCGGCCUGGCAGGGGAAGAAGGAGCCGAUGAAGCUGGUGCUCAAGGCGGGCUCCUCCGUCAACAUCCAGUCGGACGAGGGGCAGAUCCCCCUGCACCUGGCAGCACAGCACGGGCACUACGAUGUGUCGGAGAUGCUCCUUCAGCACCAGUCCAACCCCUGCAUCCUGGACAACUCCGGCAAGACCCCGCUCGACUUAGCGUGUGAGUUUGGCCGCGUCGGGGUGGUGCAACUUCUCCUGAGCAGCAACAUGUGCGCCGCCUUGCUGGAGCCCAAGCCGGGGGACAUCACCGACCCCAACGGGACCAGCCCCCUGCACCUGGCCGCCAAGAACGGACACAUCGACGUCAUCAGGCUCCUGCUGCAAUCCGGGAUCGACAUCAACCGGCAGACCAAGGCAGGGACGGCGCUCCACGAAGCGGCCCUGUGCGGCAAGACGGAUGUCGUGCGCCUCCUCCUGGAUAGUGGGAUCAACGCCCACAUCCGCAACACCUACAGCCAGACGGCGCUGGACAUCGUCAACCAGUUCACAGCGACGCAAGCCAGCAAGGAGAUUAAGCAGAUGUUGCGAGACGCUUCGGCCGCCCUCCAAGUCAGGGCCGUCAAAGACUACUGCAACAACUACGACCUGACCAGCCUCAACGUCAAAGCCGGAGACAUCAUCACGGUCCUGGAGCAGCAUGCCGACGGCCGGUGGAAAGGGUGUAUCCAUGACAACCGGACCGGAAACGACCGUGUCGGCUACUUCCCGUCCAGCCUGGUGGAAGCCAUCAGCAAGCGCACAGGUCCGUGGAACGCCAGCCCCGGGGAAUUCCAGGCCAUCCCGCUCCCAGCUUGCAGGGCCUCCGUCCCCAACGGCCUCUCCUGCUUCUCCUCCUCCUUUUCCUCCUCCUCCUCCACCGCCACCACCACCCAUCCGAUCCAUCGCCUGCCUCCUCCUCCACCUCCACCCGUCCCCCAUCAGCCGCUUUUCAGUUCCUUUGGCUACCGCCGGCUGCCCCACGGUGCCGUGGAAGGGCCCGGUGCCACCUCAGGUUCCCGAGGGUCCGACGCCAGCCCGUCCCACCUGUCCCCAGGUGCGUCCGCCACCACGCCGGCUCCGGCGGAAGAGAUCUGGGUGCUUCGGAAACCCUACGCAGGCGGCGACCGCAGCAGCGUCGGCAGCACGGGCAGCGUGGCCAGCGGCCGGAGCUCGGGGAGUGGCCAAAGCGCGGGGAGCGGCAGCCACGCUCUCCACCCCGGCGCGGAAGGUGUCAAGCUGCUGGCGACGGUCCUUUCCCAGAAGGCGUCUGCACAAGAAUCCUCCGUGGGCGACGGGCCUGCCAAGGCAUCGGAGACGCCUGCAGGUUCUUCCCGGACGCCGAGUCUCAGCGGCCCCUUGUACCCCGGCCAGCCCUAUGGCGAGCAGCCGGUUAAAAAGGUGGAGCCCAUGUCGGAGGGGAAGAGCUCGGAGGCCGUAUACCAGUGGCUUUACAAGUUCCAGCUGCAGCUCUACGCCUCCAACUUCAUCAACGCCGGGUACGAUAUCCCCACCAUCAGCCGGAUGACGCCGGAGGAUCUGACGGCCAUCGGCGUCACCAAGCCUGGCCACAGGAAGAAGAUUGCCUCGGAGAUCAACAGUCUCAGCAUCCCGGAGUGGCUCCCGGAAUACAAGCCAGCAAACCUGGCUCUCUGGCUCUCCAUGAUCGGCCUGGGCCAGUACUACAAGGUGCUGGUGGAGAAUGGCUACGAGAACAUCGACUUCAUCACCGACAUCACGUGGGAGGACCUGCAGGAGAUCGGCAUCACCAAACUGGGCCACCAGAAGAAGCUGAUGUUAGCCGUGAAGAAGUUAGCCGAGAUCCAGAAGGCCGAAUACGCCAAGUACGAGUCGGGGACCCUGAAGAAGAAGGGGGGGCCGCCGUCGCAGGACACGGUGGCCAUCGAGUCUCCCCAGCAGGAGACGGCCGAAUGCCAGUCCCCCAAGAUGACCACCUUCCAGGACAGCGAGCUGAGCAACGAGCUGCAGGUGGCCAUGACGGGCACGGGCGAGGACGGGGCUGAGAAGCAGGUCAACCACGCGGGGCACUUCCGCGAAGGGGCCGCCUUCCGGCACUCCGCCCGCCUGGUCCAUGAGAACAGCCUGAGCGGGAGAGCGAAGCACAUGAGCAGCUCCCAAGAGCUGCUGGGAGACGGACCCAAAUCGCCCGGGGCGGCCAUCUCCAGGAGCCAGGAGUACCUGGCCGAGGACGGGAAAGAAGGCCCGGCCACGCUCCCCAAGGACGUGCGGAGUCUCCGACACGGCCACAGCGUCAAGCGUGCCAGCGUGCCGCCAGUGCCUGGCAAACCGCGGCAGUCCUUCCCCCCGUCCGGAGGUCACUACACCCCCCCGCAAACGCCCACCAAGCCCCGCCCGUCCUCGCCACAGGCCGUCAGCCUGCCGCACGCCACCGCCAAGGUGAAGCCCACGCCCCAGUUGUUGCCGCAGUCUGACCGCCCCAUGUCUCCUCGUUCGCUGCCUCAGUCCCCCACGCACCGCGGCUUCGCCUACGUCAUGCCGCAGCCCGUGGAGGGUGACGCUCACACGGCCGGGCCCUUGGCGCAAGCUGUGCCGGUGUUGCCUGUCUCGGUGCCCGUGCUGUGCCUGCCGCCUCAGGCCGGGGACGGCGAGGAGGAGAGCGGCCGGCCGAAGAAGAGGGCCCACAGCCUGAACCGCUACGCCAUGUCGGAUAGCGAGCAGGAGCGAGACGAGCUGCUGGUGCCGGACGCCGGUCCCUACGCCACCGUGCAGAGGCGAGUCGGGCGCAGCCACUCCGUGCGAUCACAGUCGGGCAACGAUAAGAACGUCAACCGCAGCCAGUCCUUCGCCGUGCGGCCAAAGAAGAAGGGCCCCCCGCCGCCGCCCCCCAAGCGUUCCAGUUCUGCCAUCUCGAGCACCAACAUGGGCGACGACUUCACCAAGGAAGGGGAGGAGAGACUGGAGCCCUCCCCGGAACUGCAGCAGCAGCGGCGCGCCAGUGAUUUCGGCGGGACCGUUGACACGGGCAGUGCCGGAAGCGUGAAGAGCAUCGCCGCUAUGUUGGAGAUGUCGUCCAUCGGAGGUGGGGGCCGAGGGCUCACCUUGCAGAGGCCACCCGGCCUCGGGAAGGGUUCCGACGGAUACUACUUGCCCCCUGGGGUCGCCGUGCACCCGGCUAGCCCAGAACACUCUCGUGUUGCUACCGUGCUGGCCACCGUGAAGCACAAGGAUGCCAUUGGGCUAGACGGGGAGGUGGUGAACCGCCGGCGAACCAUCAGCGGCCCCGUCACCGGGCUCGUCACGGCUGCCCGCCGCGAGCGGUCGGAUAGCAUCAAGUCCGAGGCGGCGAAAGACGGCAGCCCGACGGAACGGCCGCGGGCGGAGCACGCCGGAGCCUCCCCGCAGAGCGGUCCUGGUGAGAACAUCCCCUUUGCCGAAGAGGGCAACCUGACCAUCAAACAGCGCCCCCGGCAGAUGGGGGUGGCCAAGGCCGAAGGGGGGGAGGCCCCGCCGCUUUCCCACCGCGACCUCGGCAAAGUGGAGGCCAGCGCCACCCUGAAGAGGAGGAUCCGGGCCAAGCAGAGCCAGCAGGACAACAUCAAGUUCCUCCUCACGGAGUCCGACACGGUCAAGAGGCGGCCAAAGUCGAAAGACAAGGAGCAGGAGCCGGCGCCGCUGUCGGUGUAUCAGAACGGCACCGCCACCGUCAGGCGCCGACCGGCCUCCGACACGAGCGGCACGGAUGCCUCGCGCCCUGCCGGCCAGCAGGAGAGGUCCGACCGCACAGAAGGCGAACCCAAGAAACCUGUGAAGCCGCCGGUAUCUCCCAAGCCCGUCCUACCCCAGAAAGCCUCUGGGCCUCCCACGCCCACCUCCAAGAAGGCCCCGAUUCCUGGGCCUGGCAGUCCAGAAGUGAAGCGAGUCCACGGCACUCCGCCUCCCAUCUCCCCCAAGCCUACGCCUCCCCCGACCGCCCCCAAGCCGAAGGUCCACGCUGCCCUCCAGUCGGCAAGCGCCAGCUCCACGCCCGCCCCGUCACCCGCCAAGCAGCUGGCUCCGACCAUCAAGCCGUCGAGCACGCCCCCGUCGCUCUGCUCCAGCCCGGCGAAGCCCCUCUCCCCCGGCGGGACACCCCCCCAGAUGGUGCCGGUCAAGCCGCCACGCUCGUCCAUGGCGGGGCCUUCGACGGAGAGCGCCAGCGCGGAGAGCGCGCACCAGAAACUGGAGGAGACAAGCGCCUCGCUCGCGGCUGCCCUGCAAGCCGUGGAAGAGAAGAUCAAGCAGGAGGAUGGGCAGGCAGCAGACUCCGCCGCGGAAUCCAAGAGCACAGUCAGCAUUCUGGACGACAUCGGCAGUAUGUUCGACGACCUCGCCGACCAGCUGGACGCCAUGUUGGAAUGAGAGCUGGAGAACAACCCAGCCAACCCUCAGGAUCUGCCAAGGGCACAAGGGCACAAUCGUCUCCACGAGUACCGCCCCUCUCCCCUCCCCCC